UAUCUUUUCUUUUCACUACCUCCUAGUUGUGCAGUGAAUGAAUAUAAAGUAAGAGUUUCGGGGUUUUGUCAAACUUGACAAAAUAAAUAAGUCAAGAACGAAGAGGAAGGAGUAAGUGGCUGAAGCGAAUAUGGAUGUGAGAAGUAGAAGAGCCAGAGAAACCAGCCCAGACAGGGCCAAAGUCUGCAUGCAGCCGAAGGUCGUGAAGUCCAUUAGAAAAGUUCAAGUUGUUUACUAUCUGACUAGAAACGGCCAGUUUGAGCAUCCUCACUACAUGGAAGUCACCCAUUUGGUCAAUCAACCACUUCGUUUGAGAGAUGUAAUGGAAAGAUUCACAGCUCUCAGAGGCAAAGGAAUGUCCUCUCUUUACUCUUGGUCCUGCAAAAGGAGUUACAAGAAUGGUUACGUAUGGAAUGACUUAGCAGACAAUGACAUUAUCCAUCCAUCAGAUGGGGCUGAAUAUGUACUCAAAGGCUCAGAAUUGGUUGAAGGUUGCUCUGAAAGAUUGCAGCAACUGCAAAUCAGCAACAGGGCGCCACAUAUUCAGGAACCAAGCAUUCAUGCCAAACAAAAAUCCCCAUCUUUUACUCUGACUCGACACAGGGGAGCCCAAGAAGCAGAGAGGACGGCAUACGAAGAGCAAGAAUUCGAUGAAGAGGAAGAGGAAGAGGAAGAGUAUGAAUUAGAUGAGGAGAAAACAUCUUACACAAGCUCCACAACUCCUCACUCUCGCUGCUCAAGAGGGGUUUCUACUGAUGAGCUUGAAGAGCAAGAAACAAAUAACCAAGAACCCCAAAAAAACAUCUCUGAGCCAACUCAACAGGACUCUUCCCUUCUAUCAACUUCUUCCAUCCUCUCUGAAAAACAAAACCCAAGCAAAAACAGUACUUCCAAGCGGUUUGAAGAUGGUGACCCAGUUGCCUCUGGAUCAGCGCCAAGUCGCAAUUCGGUUCUGCUUCAACUUAUUGCAUGCGGGAACUUAGCUGUUACUAAAGCAAAAAACGUGCCUACAAUGAAGCAAACGGUCCCAAACAAUGUGGCGAAGAAGAGUGAAAAUUUGCAUAGAGGGGUUCUUUGUAAGAGUGCAUUGAAGGUUGCUGAAGAUGAUCAGAUAAUAAGCUGCAUGUCUGAGAAUCCAAGGUUUGGUAAUUUACAGGCUGAAGAGAAGGAGUAUUUCAGUGGCAGCAUUGUGGAGUCAAUGAGUUCUGAGAAGCGAGUUGUGGCUGAGCCAGUGCUUAAAAAAUCCAAUUCCUAUAAUGAAGAAAGGAGCUGCAAAGCUGGACUGAGCGAAACAGUGGAAGAGGAGAAAAAAGACAAGGCAGUUAUAGGAAAAUGUAUUCCUAGGAAGAAAUUACCAUCAUCAAAACAAAGCAGAAAAUGAGGGGUGAACAGAGUAAAAGUAGAUGGGGCGGUAAUUAUUGUAAGCAGAUAGGUGUGUAUUAAAGGCUAUGGUUAUCAUGAUUAAGUGAAGUGCUGUGGUUCAGUAAAGUUGUUAAAAGUAAAAUGUAAAAGGAUGCAGCAAUUUUUCUGUCCUUUUGGAUCUGGUUGCAGGAAUUAUACGGACUACAACUACUAUUUGUCUGGAGUAA